UUUAUUAAAUUGGAUGUGCAAUCAAUUAAUGUACAACGAUACCAUUUUCGCGCUUUCACAGUUAACGGGCCGGUUAGUAGGGCUGUUUUAUUUAGGAGACUGUAAAUUAAAGUCGUGUUGUUUCGACUAUUCAUCCGUAACGUUGUGUCUACACGGCGUGUGUGUAUUGCGUUACGUCGCUCCUUGUGACGCUACACUCCACUACAAGAUUGGGCAUAUUAUGUAGUACUCGUCGAGCUCGUUAAUCUUCAGAGUAUAUUUACCAAUUAAACAUUAGCAAAGUGGACAUUAGCAAGUGGGUAGGUUACGUUUUUAUUUAUAAGAAAUAAUAAGUUACUGAGUAGGUAGAUACCUAAUUUAUGUUGACAAGCCUCCGUUAUCGUAGCAAGUUUAUAAAUCUAUACUAUUAUUAAACAACAUUUGAUUGAGGAAACACAAGUCGGAGUUAAGUGGCAUGUAAGGUAUUUGGUUUAGCUUGCUUUAUUCAAGUUUCUUUUUUUUUUUCAAAUAUUGAAUGCAAAUUAUAAAAAAAUAACAAAUUGAUGUAUUCAGUUAUAAAAAAACUUUACAUCACCAAUUAUCUGGCACACUCGUAGCACGCGGAGAAAGUAAACAAACUGAACAUUCAGCAGCCGCCCGCCUCCCGCUGUGUCCUCAUGCGCGCCCGUAAUUACUCUAACUAGUCCUAUUCACCGGGAAAACGUCGCCUUGUAAUUACGGCCAACACGCGCAUCACACCCGACACUAGGAGGACGCCAUCGCACUUAGUAUCACGAUGAACGCUAGCCAACUGCUCGAGCACUUCGACGAGACUCAUUGGUUACAUUAUAUCCAGACUGUGGAGCAGAGCGACACAUUCCACGUCGUGUACGCUGUAUCGAUGACCGUGAUCUUCUGCGCGGGCAUGGUCGGCAAUAUGCUGACGUGUUGGGUGAUCUACCGCGACCGCAGCAUGCACACCGUCACCAACUACUACCUGUUCAACCUCGCAGUGUCUGACCUAGUCGUCUUGUUGGCCAUGUUAGUAGAGUUGACGUUCUAUUUCGGCGUUUUCCCUUAUCCUGACCCCUGGGGAGAUGUGAUGUGUAAAGUGCACGGAUUCGUGGUAGUCGCGCUGUGGAAUAAUGGGAUCUUGAUAAUGACUGCGGUGGCGGUGGAGCGGUACGCUGCGAUCGUGCACCCGCUGGCGGUGCAGGGGCGGUGCGUGAAGCGACGCGUGGCGCGUGUGAUGGCGGCGGUGUGGAGCGUUGCGGUGCUGGAGACGCUCCCCGACGUGUUCACCAUGAAGCUGCUGCGCACGCGGCGCGCGCUGGUGUGCUCUGUCACGCUGUCGCAGUACUCGCGCGUCGUCAACGCCGUGGCGGCCGUCGUCACCUUCCUGCUGCCGCUCGCCGUCAUGAUGUACGUCUACAUCGCCAUCGCUGUCACCGUCCACGCCCGCCAGAAGGACUCUUACGGGAAUAACACGUUCAAUAAUAAUAGAAAUAAUAGCAAGAAAGUUAAUAAGCUUAUUUUUGUGCUGACACUGUCGUUCCUCGUGUGCUGGCUGCCGUACUUCUCGCUGCGACUGCUGGUGGCCUUCGGCGGCCCGCCGCUGCUGCUCGUCUGGGCCCAGUACUGGGAGCUGUACUACGAGGUGGUCACUGUGAGCGCGUGGUUCAGCUCCGUGCUCAACCCGCUCAUCUUCAGCCUCAUGUCCACCAAAUUCCAGAGGGCGCUCAAGACUCUGUGGUACGCUACGCUACUAAGGCGGAAUAAAGACCAUGUUCCUGUAUUAGUUUAGUUCGUGGACGGACAAGAACAGACAAGUGUGAAUCUAUACCGGUAUAGGUAUAAUAAUUAUGUUACCCUCAGCGCGGGCACUCGCGUCAACGAUCACUCUUCUGGUGCCUCGCUGCUACAAGUUAAUGAUAGUGUGUUAACUACGAGCGUUGUCCCUGUUACUUCC